CGCUCGUUGGUGUCCACAGCGCGUCAAGCCAGCGGUCGCUUCGUGCCGCAACAAGUGCGCCUAAGUGACGGAUUGCUCGCGCUUGGCGCUCAACCCCUUCGGCACAAAACGGAUUCGGAACUACUGCAGCCCAUCCCAGCUGGCUACCAAAACUCUACAAUGCUCAGUACGUGGUCCGUGACUGGGAUGGCUAAGAACCACCACUGCAUCAGUGUAGUCUAUAGGGAUACUACGCAGGCGGACUACGACGCCUCGGGCGAUGCCGUCAACCGCUCAUCAUCCAGGCAUGCCAGCUCAAGCAGCAAUCAUCUUGACACAGGUGAUGCCUCAUUUUUCUUCGAUGACCUAGCAAAGCCAUAUGUGGAGAGCAGCAACCUCAAGGAGUCUGCUCAGCCACCCUUUGUGCCACUGGAUGACUCGUUUCUUUUCGAUCUUUCUCACUUCGAAACCUUGCCGACAGACCUGAAUUCCCCGACGCGGAUGUACAACGGUCUGGCUCAGGACAAAGUGCUCACAUCCCUUGACAAGCCCGCCACAGAGACAGCUCUUCCGGGCCAAGCGUUCUCCCCAGCCACAAUGGACAUGUGGGAGCAGAACGAGACCUUCCAAGACCUGGAGAAACUGAUUCAAGAGGGAAAGGGCCCAACAGUUCUGCCACCUGUAUCAAGCCAGUCCUGCUACAUCCUGCCAUCAUCACUCCCAAGCCACCAAAUUUCAAGCACCAGCAGUGGCACCACAGUGCUCGCUUCUCCAUCGAGAAGCUGCAGCAGCAGUCCCAGUACUACAAGCCAGACGACAUGGCAGCCUCAGUCGCCACCGUCAUCGAGUGCUACCACCACCACCACUCCAGUGUCCGUAAAGCGACCUCUCAGUCCCGUCUGCGAGCCAGGCCCUUCUCACGCAAGUGGGCGCUGUUCCCCUAAACUGCAGAAGGUCGAGGAGCCACCGCGGUACUCAGACAUGAGGGUCAAGAACAACAUGGCAUCCCGGCGAUCACGGAUGACUCGCAAGGAGAAAGAGCUUGAGAUGGAGAAGCGGGCAUCGGAGCUUGAGCAAGAGAAUGAGCUCCUGAGGAUCAAGGUCAAGAAUCUGGAAGAGCUGACGGACAGGCUCAAAAAGCACCUUAUCAGUUCUAUCGUCAAGAAAUGAGUGCUGGGUACUCGUUCCUUAACUUCAUAUCACACUUGUCACUGGACAAGUCCCAGUGUGUUUUGUUUGUCAGUGGCAGAUGUGUUUUUUUUUUUCCUCUGCCAUUAUCUUAAGCUCAUGCCAUCCCUGCCAUCAUUCCCAUCUCUGCCCACUCCUUAAAAUGUUGCACUGGGCAAUACCGACAUGGUAGUGCACUAGGGGGUAAGGUGUCCGGUUUAAUCAAGCUUUUUGCAUAUUUAAGUGUCUCGCAAAUUUCGAUGUUUGUUAAUACCCGGUUGUGGAAGCCACAUUUCUGUGGGAGACAGAACUUAACAAGCUAGUGUACUUAGAUGCAUUUUAAUUAAUUCUGUGAGAAUCCGGGAAGAAUCCUGAAGUUCCAGAAUAAAUGUGCCUUAAAAUCGUAUCAGCAGAAGGAGAGGAAUGCCUGGUGGACACAACCAUGCAAGACAAACAGGUUGUGACAUGUAGUACCCCAAAAAUAAAUUUUUUAAGAUCUGUGCCAACCACUGGCUCUUGGAUGUUAAGUUCAGUGGGACAGAUGGUUUGAUUAUUACAUUCUCUAGUGCCAAACGUUUGACAAUGUGCAUCUUGCAUGCCAUUGACAUGUCAUGUGACUGUUUAGCUCCGAAUCUUUAAAUGCAAUCAACCACCAAUUCUGUUCUCUAUAAAGAGAAAAAAGGUGCCAAUUGUGCCCACUGCUUUUGUGGUUCCGACUUCCUUCCCCCUCUCCUUCAGUAUUUAAAAGCUCAUGAAGUGCAGCUUUCUGCAUUCGUCAUCUAUUCCCAGUGAGCACGGUUUGUACAUAUGUCAUUGCCAAAGUUUGAGUUGAGUGUGUGUCUGCGUGUGUGUAUAGUACAGACUGCUGGGCAGCUGUGAGUGAUAUAAAAAAAGUGCCUUGAUUUUGCUGCACGAGUGCAAUAUUGCAGGUGUGUUCCAAGGCAUGUUCUAUUUGUACAUAAAUGUACAAUAAAAAAGAAAUCAUGGAAAA